AUGGACGGGGAUGGUAUCUACGUGACAACAUCAGCCAACGAAGAUGACAAGGACAUCGUUGAUUGUCUAACGGACGGAUACUCGUAUGUCUGGCUUUUAGAUUCGGAAUACGCAUCAGUGUUGAACACGGAAGUUGAGAAUGAUGAUGAUGAUGAAUUUGUUGGUGGAUCGCUUGAGACCCUUCAUCUCAAUACGUCUGCCGAAAUGAAUCAAUAUAUUCAUCAAAUAGCCGGUGUCCUGCGCGUGGGACGGGAAGGGAUCGACUCCAUGCCAGAUGUGUCUAGUCCAGAAUCAUUAUCCAGUUAUUCCAAAGAAGAAAAUUUGGGUAAACCGCAUGCGAAGUACCGCUCAAAAUCAGCACAAUGGACAGAUCACUUACCACGGGAGGAAGAAUGCCUGCUUAGGAGCUGA